CUGGAGAUGAGUCACCAUCCUACCAGACUCAGGGAAGGAACAUACUCUACCUUCUACAGUCUCUUUCAAGAAAACUGAAGACAGGAGCUUGGCCUCAAGGACUCAGCAAGUGUGAGCAGUGUAUUAUAAACACUCCCAGGGUGUUUAUACUUCAAAGACCUGGCAAUAUUUACAUCUUCACAAGACAGAGAAAGAAUGCAAGUUUAUUCCUAAGAGUUUGAGGGUAUAUACGUCUACUAUCAGAAAUCCAGCCAUGGCCACAGCAGAGCCCACCCCUGAUGAGCCCCUGCCCAGAGACGAAAGGAUGCAAGAUCUUCAAGAGAUGCUGAGAGAAGCAGGGCUGGCAAUUGAGUACUGGCUGCCCAAGCUGCAGGAACACCUGGGUGUGACCUGUGCCCAGGCCUUACAACACCUAGAAGAAAAAGACCUUCAGAAGCUGAAAUCCCAGGCACGAUAUCCCUGGGAGAAGAGAGCCCUGGGGAAGCUCCUUAACCUAUCACAUUCAAAUAGACUUUCAGAGUUACAGGAGUCUCAGGUGGAAAUAAUAAAGAAAAAGAAAAAGCAUGCUCAGCAGGCAUUACAGGAGCUAAGAGACUUGUUGUCAGAAGGGAGACAUCGACAGGAAGAAACAGUAAGAGAAAAAGAGGCACAACUAAGGCAGGCAAUGGAAAUCCCCAAAGAGUACUGGCCACCCCCCGAAAGGUGCCUAAGAGAAGUCAUGGAAAACAUGCAGACACAACUCAACCUCAUGGAUAGGACACUGUCUCACAGACAAAACCUCUCAGAUAGUGAUCUGGUAAGAUGGGCAUCUGGAGGGCUAGCCCUGCAGGGAAUUUACAAAACCAGUUACCAAAAGGACCUUAUGGAGAAGAGAGAGGAGUUGCUUGGUGUCCCCAAAGAGUUCUCAGUCUCUGGCCCUGAGCAGGGCACACGGAUGGAAACAAAGGAGUUUACAUCUUCUCAAGCAGAAUCCAUAUUCAUCCAGACCAUAGAGAAGCUGGGCUUCAGUGCAACUGCUUCAGCAAAGGGUGGAGGUUGUGGAUUUAGCUUAGAAGCUGGUAUGGAUCACAGCAAACAUUCAAAAUCCAAGGAAACCCAACAAUCACAUUCUGAGCACUCUUAUUUCUGCUCAACCAAGUUCAGCUACAUUCCUCUGGCCUCCUUCCAUUUUCCCAUUGAUCAGCUCCAGUUUUCCAAGGGUGCUCUCCAAGAAUUGAAAUGCAUUGAAGACCUGAUGGGCCAGCCAGCAAGCCCAGACAGACUCCCCUUGCUAAGGAACAGGACGGAAGCUUUCUUCCACAGGUUUGGCUCCCAUGCUAACCAGGGCCCUCUGCACCUGGGAGGAAUCUAUUGGUGGAAAGCCAUUUCACAGGGUUUCCAAAGUGAGCAGCUGGCAGAAGUGAAACAACAGUCGGCAGAGGCCCUCAGUAUUUACAUAAGAGGCUGUUACAGUGGAUUUGGAAUGAAAGUUGCUGCAGGUUUGGAUGUGUCUAACUCUCAUUCAAAACCAGUCUCUCAGAGCACAACCUUCUCAAAUCUCCACACCAAAGUCCAAUUAUCUGUGGCCCAGACAGGUGGCCCACCAGAAGCAAAUGGCCUUUUCCAGUGGAAAGCUGGCCUAGUUGCCAGUAAUCAAACCUGGUGUGUCAUUGACCAGGGGUUUCAGCUGGUUCCCAUUUGGGACAUCAUCCUUUCCAGCCACAAAACUGAUUUUAAGCAUCCUUUUCAGAUAGCUAACUUCCUGAAAGACAACUACACUGCUCUGACUGGCCUCCCUGCCCAGAUCAAGAAUGGGGAGGAAUUACUGAGUGCUGGGAGGGAGGCUCGGGUUUUCCUAGAGGAUGUGAAAUCCUGGGAGGUAUCUGAUCCUGAACAGCAGCUUAAAAAACUGUUAAGUUUCAUGCAAAUGUUGAGUCAAAAAGUAAAGAGUUAUGACACUUGGAUUAACAUAUGCCUUACAAAUUGGGAUCUGCAGAAUUUUUUGGUAAACACUGUCAACUUUUGCAAAAAGUCUUCCAUUUAUAAAACUAAAUUUAUUAAAUCUCAGUUGUGUAGCCUUUUGGAUCCUCAUGUCUACAAAGUGACAAAUUUUUCUCAGGCUCAUUCCAUCAUGCAGUGGAUCUUUCAGUCAGAGUCAGAGCAAGAGCAUGUCAAUAUCUCCCAAUUUUCUGAAUUAAUUAAAAUCUUAAAAGAAACCCAGAAUGACCUCAUGGAAGUGAAGGCCAGAUCUGAGUCCCCAGAAACAGUAGAGGAAGCUCAAAGAAAGGCCACUUAUAAGGUCAGCUUGUCUCUUGGCUGCUUCUUGAAUUACCUUCAAGAAACAGAGCAGCCAGACACACAGCUCUUGAUACUUUCUAUUGCAGCUGGUGCAGGAUAUCAUGUGACAAACAAUACUUUUCAGUAUAUCCUGGGAUGUGAUGAGUUAGACUUUCUUCUGGAUGAAAUGCAAACUGCCCAAGAUAAGUACCAGGAACUCAAAAAUAUUUGCAGCUGCAGGGCUCAGGCAUUCCUGGUGCUCACAGGUCUGACAGUGACUGCUGGAGUCACAGCUGUUUCUCCAGAGGAGAAAACACAACGCUUGGCAUUCAUAAAACAUCACAUGGGACAGUCUUUGUCCAAAGAAGUUGUAUAUGUACUCACCAAACUUGGAGCAGAUCAUGACUGGGAAAACCUAGAAGAAGACUUGAGAUUGCUCAUUGGUGGAAAUUAUGAAGUCACAAUCUCUUCAUUGCAAAUGGAUGAGGUGAGAAAACAUUUGCAAAGUAUCUUCCAUGAAAAGAAACAGAGCCACAGCCCACAUGAUAAUGAAAAUAACAAAUGGGAAGUCAUAGAAAAUGAAGCCUUCCUGGAAUUACUCCAGCGUCUAGGCCUAGAACAUUACUACCCAAAAAAAAUGAGCAGAGCCAACUUCCAUCUGAUCUACAAGAUUUCUGUGUAUAACACCCAGCCCAGCUCUGAAAGGGAACUUCCCUUCUACUUCCUGCAAAAGCUACUGAUGCUAGAUUAUGGACUGAGAUACCUGAUCCUCAAAGAUGAUGGAAACACAGAGAAUCAAGUUUAUCUAAGUGCCUCAAAUCAGAAAAAUGAGACUUUUGAUCCAUAUGAAGACAUUUUUGAAGACAGAGUUAGUCCCACUAAUCCUUCAGCCACUACUGCCAGAUCCCCAAUUCACCCUAUGGAUAUUCAGAUGGCAAUUCUUCACUGUGCAGAUGAUUUUGCCAGACAAUAUAUUUUGACCAAACUUUCCAUUUGUCAGUUUGCCCUCCCCCUUCUUGUACCUAAUCCCUGCAAAUCUCAAAUCGAAUUCUCUCUCUGGUCUCUCAGGCAAAUCAGGAGAAGCUGGCAGCAAGCAAGGAAAUUAACAAAAAAGGAGAAGAACAAUUAUAAGAAUCAGCAGAUGUGUUGUGUCUCUACCCCCAUUGUGUCCUUUAUUAGAGUUGGAAAUGGCUUCUCUGCUUCCAAAUCUCAGAUCAUGAACUGUCUUCUCAGUAAACGUAAACAUGAUAUCUUUUUUCAUAGACAUUGCAGAGGGAGCAGCCAAGACUAUCUCUUGAUGGGGGGCGUGGUGGAAAUCUGCUGGUUCUGCCCUGGCGGAGAGGAUGAGGACAGAUUUGGCAACUGCUUGGCCUUCACCAAUCUUCAUGGAAAUGCACAGGAAUAUAAGAAGCAACUCAACUUCCUGCAGGAGGUCUCUUCUCUCAUUGUGGUCCUCAUAUCAACUUCUGAUGACAAUAAAGAAAACCGAAAAAUGGUCCAUGACCUGUGUCAGUCAUCAAAACCUUUGAUCUGUUUGCUUGAUGACAAAGAAAACACCAUGGCUAAUAAUUCUGGUCAAAAAGUAAAAAUUGGGAUCAGGAACAGAAAUCAGGCAGAAUUAACAGAGGAGCUCACAACUACAAUCAGACAUUUGCUCAAGCUCUCUGACACUGCUCUCAGUUUAGAGGAUUGUGCUCAGAUUGCUCGUAAGCAAGGAUUCCUUAUUGAUGAAGACCACAGAGAUUGCAAGGAAGCCAAAGAAAAGGCAGAAAUUCUAAUGAUCCUACUGGGAGAAAUGAAGAUAUCUCAGAUGAAGGAAAAAUUACUACCCCUUCAGGGACAACUGUGGCGCCUUUGGUGUAAAAAGGACAAAGAACUCUAUCAUCUGAGAGAAAAGGGAAAUCGGAGCAUUGAACAACACAAGAGCAGUAUUGAGACAGAUAAACAAAAAAUACGGCAUCAACAAUUGGCCAGAGCCUUUCCUUUCAAUGAAUUAAUGCAAUCUGUCCUUGAAAUUAUCCAAAAACAUUCAGAAACUCACACCAAACUCUACUUCUUACAAUGGCUGAGUAUGUUUUUGGAUAACCUGACUGCAAGACACUUGGAAAAACUGAAUGAAAAGAAAAAGUCUUUGUGGUCACUGAUACAAACAGAAAAGCAAAAGGCGCAAAAGAGCAAUUACCUUAAAAGAUGGCAAAAUGAGAUAGAAGCUAUUUCCACAGAGAUUAGUGAUUGUACCUUGGGAAUUGAGCAACUUCUCAGAGAAGUUGGACAGAUCUAUGAAGCUCUGGAAGAAGUUUCCUCCACAAAAGAUAACCUCUUUCUCUCCCUUCCCCAGAUUGCUGCAGAUCUAAUGAUAUCUGGUGUUCCCAUUGAGCUGAUGGAUGGGGAUGCUUCAUAUGUGCCUCUCAGGUGGGUGGCAGCUAUUUUUGACAAGGUCUCUGAGAAACUUGGAGACAAACGGCUGUUUGUUCUCUCUAUCCUUGGCCUACAGAGCUCAGGGAAGUCCACCCUGCUGAAUGCCCUUUUUGGGCUGCAAUUCACUGUCAGUGCUGGGAGGUGUACCCGGGGGGCCUACAUGCAGCUCCUGAAGGUGGAGGAGACUUUCACAGAGGAACUCGGCUUUGACUUUGUGCUUGUUGUGGACACAGAAGGACUUCGGGCCCCAGAACUGAGCAACAAAUCUCAGAAUCAUGACAAUGAGCUGGCAACCUUUGUCAUUGGACUUGGAAACUUGACUCUAAUCAAUAUUUUUGGGGAAAAUCCAUCAGAAAUGCAAGAUAUUCUACAAAUAGUUGUCCAAGCCUUUUUGAGGAUGAAACAAGUAAAAAUCUCUCCAAGUUGCCUCUUUGUCCAUCAGAAUGUGGGGGAAGUUACAGCUAAAGACCAAACUAUGGAAGGACGAAGGCGACUAGAGCAGAGACUAGAUGAAAUGGCAGCAAUAGCAGCUAAACAAGAGCAGUGCUCAGAUGUAACCCGCUUUAGUGAUGUCAUUAAGUUUGAUGUCAAUACUCACAUCUACUACUUUGCUCACCUCUGGGAUGGCAAUCCCCCAAUGGCACCCCCCAACCCUCGCUACAGCCACAAUGUCCAGGAACUGAAAAGUAGAAUUCUUCUGACUGCCAGAAAGGAAUCUAGAGGAGGUAUCAUGAAGAUAUCAGAAGUAAAAUUCCGAGUUCAAGAUUUGUGGAGAGCCCUGGUUAAUGAGAACUUCAUUUUCAGUUUCAGGAAUACUCGAGAGGUUAUGGCCAUGAGCAAAUUGGAAACCAUGUAUAACUACUGGACCUGGGAGCUGAGGAGUCAUGUGCUGGGCUUGCAGAACCAGUUGAUCAACCAGAUUCAGAAUGGAAAAAUCCAAACAUUCAGAAAAAGCACACUUGAAGCUCCAGUUACAGAAAAAUAUGAAGCUAUCAAGCAAGAACUUGAAAGAUAUUUUAAUGAAGAUCCAGAUAGCGAAAUACUAGUUCAGUGGAGAGCAAAUUUUGAAAAUAAGCUAAUAAUCCUUAAAGAAGUACUUGUUUUAGAUAGCCAAAGAAAAGCCAAUGAACUCAUUAGUUUUAAAAAAAGUCAAGAAAAACUGGAUAACAAAAAGUCAGGUUAUGAAAAGGAGCUACUGGAAAAAAGCCGAACGUUGGCUUUAACUGUAAAGGGCACAAAAUUGAGUGAGGAAGAACUAUAUGAGAAAUUCAAUCAACUUUGGGAAAAAUGGGUCUAUGCUGUAUCUUCAACUCUCCCUCCAGUCACAGAGCCUGACAUUGAUGUAGAUUCUGAAAACAUCCUUUUGGAAUAUUUCAAAAAGGAGACAAACAUGGUGAACAUAUUGAAGAAAAAAUCUGGAGAAAAGUUUCAAAUCAAAUAUGACAAACAUGUCAAAAUGAACAUGAAAUAUUACAUAAUUACAAGGCAAUUAACGGACCAUGACAAAGCAUCCAUAGAUAUGACUACUGGCCGCAUUGUUUCAAGAGUUAAUGAAACUAUUAACAACAUUUGGAUGCAACAGUGUGACUAUAAUCCAAGUAAUUUCCAUGAAAUCCUGAAAAUAAUAGAUGAGGAGGCAAAAUCUGCACCCAAUGAGGAAAGGUACACAUUUACAAGUAAAUAUGAAAUUGACUUAUCAUUGUGUUUGUUCCAAAAAGCAUCAGAGAAUUUUAAGGAGAUGCACAAGGCAUUCAAGAAAGCAAAUGAUCCUGUAAACUACCUGGAAAGCAAAAAAGAUGAUUUCUUCAUGAGUUUUAAGAUCUCUUGUCAAGGAGCAACCUCAAUUAAAACAUUUGUUGAUUUUCUGUGGCACAAACUCACUCCUGCUGUCUCUACCACCAUAUGGAAAAAAAUGGCCCCUAAAAUUGCUGGGGACAUGCGAGCUACCUGCCCUGCAUUCAAUGGAAACAGGGCUAACCUGGAGAAGCACAUUCUUAUCUCUCUGGCAGAAAAAGAAAGUUUUGAUAAUUACUGGCAGUACCUUCAUAAUUCAGAAUCAUUUUUUAGGAAUUACAUUGAAAAACAUAUUAAAAGAUACUGUUCAGACAAAGGAAGUGAAAAAAUAAAGACUUUUUUAAAAAUAAGUUUAGAUGACAUCAAGAAUGCCAUCCUUUCAGCUAUUCAUGAAUCCACAGCAGUAGCUAAAGAUAAGAGCAGCACUGUGUCUGGAUGGUUGGAUUUGUUCUGUGAUCACCUGGGGGCUAACUUGAUCUUUCCACGGAAAGAUUUGAUAAGCAUUGAACACCAGGAGAUAAAAGAUAUUGAGUUUCUCAAAGAAGCCAUGAGUGAAGCUUUGGAUCCUGCAAUGAAGAGAGUAGAACAGAACUGUUUGAGUAUGUCUGUCAAUGAAAUGGUUCCUGAAAUAGAGAAAAUGCUCUCUGAACAUCUCUGUGGCUGCUGGAAACAGUGUCCCUGUUGUAAAGCAAUUUGUACCAACACAAUCCAUAAACACGAAGGAGACCACAGUGUUCCCUUCCACCGUCCUCAGGCUGUCAGUGGAGGGUAUUUAUAUAAAACAGACAACUUUGUCAUUGAUUACUGUACUAAUCUGGUAGCAAGUGAUUGUGUAUUGGUUUUGAGAGAUAACUGUAAAAUCCCAUAUAAGAACUAUCGACAGGCAGGAGGGGAGUAUGCCACAUGGAGCAUCACCCCAGAUUCAUCCACCCAGCCAUACUGGAAAUGGUUUGUCUGUCACUUCAGAUCAAAGCUAGAAGAGAAAUAUCAGAAAAAAUUUAUAAAUAAAGGUAAAAUCCCUGAUGCAUGGACCAAAAUCACAAAGCAGGAUGUGCUUGAUGACUUGAAAAAACAAUAAAACUCAAUGACACAAAAGAGCCCCAAUAUCUGGACAGAAGAGUCACAACACCUGAAUAAUUCUAAAAUACCUCCUCCCUGCAGUGAGAAUCAUCAUCAUUUCCUUCUUUCAAAUGAAACACCUAAAAAUAAAUCAAUUAAUAUUUCAAGAGUUGAAAA